AUGAAAUAUGCCAACACAACCCUGCCUCCAUGGUUUGACUAUCUGGAGCUUGCAGUAAAUUAUUGUUGUAUGACAUAUAUGGCAAUCACAUUACCACUGUAUAUUGCCGUUGUAACGAUUAUGUUCGUUCUCAGGAAAAGCUCCUAUAAAGGCAUGUUUUAUCGGAUUUUCAUGGUUGGUGGGGUGAUUGAUAUUAUCGCAAUUGUGAAUUCUUAUCUUGGAGCUAUUUUUCCUUCAAGAAGUUGGUUUCUGGAGUUCUACAUGUCGCAAGGUACCACCUUUGGUCACGUCUAUGUAAUCAUUGCUUGGACAACUCGUUGUAGUCAAGGAUGUACCGUAACCCUAUUGGCCCUGAACCGGGCCACAGCCGUCUGUAGCCCCAUCAGGCACAAGCAGGUAUGUGCAUAA